AUGGCAACCACUACCACGAGAUUUAUGAUAAUCUCUGAUACUCACAACUUCCAGUUUGGCAAUGCUGAGAGAUAUGACGGCGAGUUCGUUCAACCAACACCAAAGUGCGACGUCCUCCUUCACUGUGGAGACUUGACCAUGACAGGUGGAAUAGCGGACUACAAAAAGUGCAUCCAAAUGCUAGGCACCAUUGAUGCUGAAGUAAAACUUGUUAUCGCGGGGAAUCACGAUCGAGAUCUGGACCCUAACUGGGACCAGCAUCCGGAUGAGUUUGACCAGGAAGUGCAGGAUGAACACGAGGAAGCAAUUGCUCUGUGGAAGGGGCCAAUCGCCAAAGCUGCCGGCUUCACCAUCUAUACUUCACCGUAUCAACCGGAGUUUUGCAACUGGGCAUUUCCCUACGAACGGGAUGAAGAUCGGUUCAACCCUGAAGACAAAGUAGCACCGGGGAUGAAAUGUAUCGCGAAAAAUCCAAUUCCUGAUUUCCCAGGUAUAGACCUCAUGAUGACCCAUGGCCCUUCAAAAGAUAUACUUGACUGGACGCCUGACCAGAAUGUUGGUUGCGAAUCCCUUCUCAGAGCCGUCAGUCGAGCAAGACUGAAGCUGUAUUGUUUUGGGCAUAUUCACGAAGCCUACGGAAUGGAAAUGAUAUCGUGGGAAGAGGACAAGAGUCUCAUCGGCCAGGCCGCUUACAAGAGCAAAGUCGUGCACAAGAACGAAUAUCCUGAGCCGUCAAUUAUGCCCAUCAAACAUGGAGAAGAAACUUUGAUGGUUAAUGCAGCAAUAAUGAACAUGGGUUACCGACCUACCAACAGUCCUUGGUUGUUGGAUAUUGAGCUUCCUCGAGUCUAG